AUGGUCCGUCUUUCAACAUCCUUGCUGCUCAGCAGCGCUUUCACUGCGGUCUCGGGCUACAUUCAAUACUCGACCGUGACAGGCUUCUUCCUGCAAGACGACAAUUCGACCAAUGCUACCACGUUUGACUAUACCGCCACCAACUUUGGCCUCAUCAACCAAAGUUACCCAACCGACCCCUCCGACGCUGCCUCAUUAAGCCAAUGGCAGAGGUUUGCCCUGGUCAUUGCCAAUCUGACCAAGUCAGCCCCUUCCAAUGUGCAAUACAAGCUGCUCUUCAUGGGCCGACAUGGCGAGGGCUGGCACAACGCCGCCGAGUCUUACUACGGCACUCCGGCUUGGAACUGCUACUGGUCCCUGCUCGACGGCAAUGCCACCGCAACAUGGUCCGACGCCCACCUGACGAACAACGGAAUUGCUCAAGCCCUGGUCGCCAACAAAUUCUGGCUGUCUCGCAUCCAAGAACAAAAGAUCCCCACGCCGCAAAAGUACUACGUCUCGCCCUUGUCCCGAUGCCUGUCGACCGCCAAUCUGACAUUCUCUGGCCUCCCUCUGCCACCAAACGAACCGUUCAUCCCGACCAUCAAAGCCCUGCUUAGAGAGUCCAUCUCGGAGCACACGUGCGACCGCCGCUCCAACAAGACCUUCAUCCACUCCCAGUUUCCCACCUACAAAUUCGAGCCAGGCUUUCCGGAGACCGACCAACUCUGGACGGGCGUCACAGCAGAGACCGAUUCGGCCCAGGACGCCAGAUCCAAGACACUGCUCGACAACAUCUUCUCGACGGACAAUUCUACUUACCUGUCAUUCACUUCCCACUCGGGAGAGCUCGGCUCGAUUUUGAGGGUCGUCGGGCAUCGGUCUUUUUCGCUCAACACUGGUGCCGUCAUUCCCGUGCUGGUCAAGGCCGAGACGAUCGCCGGUGUGAGCACGAUCUCUACGCAGGCUUGGACGCCCAGUCCGCACUGCACGGUACCGCCCGUCACCAGUAUCAGUACGGGCGCGAAUGGCGGUUGCGUCUGCCCGAACAGUGCGAUGCCGGUGACGACGACGCUGCCGCCAUUUCCUGCCAACACCUGA